UGAAGUUGUUUAAAGUUUUACCGUUGCAUUUGUACAGGAGGUGCUUUGUUAUUCUGCUCAAGCUUAGUUAUGUGUCUUUAGCGUAAAUUUGAUUUCUUUACUUAUUUAUUUAACAUGCUUAUAUGGCCUCCCAUCUCACAAGAAGCGAUUCUGGCAACGUACAACAAUCAACAAAACAACAAGUAUAAAACAAUCAUUCUAAAAAUAUUUUAAAAAUCCUAAUAAAAUGAAAAACACUACAAACAUUUAAGAUACACAAAGCGCACUGCUGUACUUGUAAGACGGGCUUGUCUGGACGAUAAUUAUCGUCCUUUGCAACACGCAUGUGCACACAAUGUUUGCUGGAUGGCAGAACCCAGUUUCCCGCUGUUAAGCCCACUUUAAAUCUGAUUUAAGGAGGAUGUCGCACAAUAGUUUCCUCGCUGGGAGUCUCAGGGCUUAAGUAGGGCAGUGGCUUAGCUAUAAAAACCAGUUGCUCCCCAGAUCCCAAGCAAAAGCCGAUAUUUAUUUUUCUCGUGGGGUUCGUUGGGAUUAACUUCAAACUGUACUUUCUAAAAAUGGUGCUCAAUGUGGAAGAUACUUCCUAUUUGUUGCAUAACACGGAACAAGACAUUGAAACAGUCCAUGGGUCAGUCCAUGUCACCAUGUGUGGAACACCCCGGGGAAACAGACCUGCUAUUCUAACAUACCAUGAUAUUGGGUUGAAUCACAAAACGUGCUUCAACCCCCUCUUCAAUUAUGAGGACAUGCAGGAAAUCACCCAGCAUUUUGCGGUCUGCCACGUGGAUGCCCCCGGACAGCAAGACGGAGCGCCCUCUUUCCCGCCUGGGUACAUGUAUCCUUCCAUGGAUCAACUGUCUGAAAUGCUCCCUGGAGUCCUGAAGCAAUUUGGACUGAAAAGUGUGAUUGGAAUGGGAACUGGAGCUGGGGCCUACAUUUUAACACGAUUUGCUCUUAACUAUCCUGAUAUGGUGGAAGGACUCGUCCUUAUCAACGUCAAUCCAUGCGCCGAAGGGUGGAUGGACUGGGCCGCAACCAAGAUUUCUGGAUGGGCUCAUGCUUUACCAGAGAUGGUCAUUUCACAUCUCUUUGCCAAGGAGGAGAUUCACAGCAGCCACGAUUUGAUCCAUACUUACCGCCAGCACAUCAUCGGUGACAUGAACCAAAACAAUCUCCAUCUAUUUGUCAACUCUUACAACAGCCGAAGAGAUCUCGAUAUUGAGCGUCCAGCUCCAGGAGUAAAUGUUGUUACUCUGCAGUGCCCUGCACUGUUGGUGGUUGGAGACAGCUCUCCUGCAGUUGACGCUGUGGUGGACUGCAACGCUAAACUUGACCCAACAAAGACUACGCUUCUAAAGAUGGCUGACUGUGGUGGUCUUCCUCAGGUUUCCCAGCCUGCCAAGCUUGCUGAAGCUUUUAAAUACUUCAUCCAAGGAAUGGGAUACAUGCCUUCCGCAAGCAUGACCAGACUAAUGAGAUCCCGCACAGCUUCCGGCUCCAGUGUCACAUCCAUGGAAGGGAACAGGAGCCGAUCCCACACCGCGGAAGGUGCCCGAAGUCGGUCUCACACAGGCGAGGGCCCCAGAAGCAGGGCCCAAACUGGGGACGUUCCCCGGAAUCAGGCUGCCACAGAGAUUGAGCUGAGUUCGACUUCUGCCAAGACCAGUGGACAAUCGAGCCCCAAGUCAGUGGGAGUGUCCUGUCCAAACCAUGAUCAAGCCACCUCGGGCUGUGCAUUGCAAUAUUUAACCUAAGGUGUUCCCCAUAACAAAUGGAUCUCUGCCCCUCCCUUCCUCAAAUCCAUGGGGACCAAUAAAAAAAAAAAAACCAAACAUCUCAGAUGCUCUAUUUCC